AUGGUGUGGACUAGGGUCACUUGCAUUCUCUCUUUCAUCUUGUUUUUUGUUCACAUAGCAGCUGUAUCGAUUAAGCAUCAUUCUAAAGAAAAUGUACAUGAUGCAGAGUUUAGUGAACAGAAGGAUAUUUCAGAAAUCAACUUAGCUGCAGGGUUGGACCUCUUUCAAGGGGACAUCCUCCUAAAGAACUCCAGAAAUGGUCUGAGAGACCCCAGCACCAGGUGGAAGUUCCCCAUUCCUUACAUCUUGGCGGACAAUCUGGAGCUGAAUGCUAAAGGAGCCAUUCUCUAUGCCUUUGAAAUGUUCCGCCUCAGGUCCUGCGUGGACUUCAAGCCCUAUGAAGGGGAGAGCUCAUAUAUCAUAUUUCAGCAGUUUGAUGGGUGCUGGUCUGAGGUUGGUGAUCAACACAUAGGACAGAACCUUUCUAUUGGGCGGGGGUGUGACUAUAAGGCCAUUAUCCAACACGAGAUCCUCCAUGCUUUGGGAUUUUACCAUGAGCAGUCAAGGACUGACCGGGAUGAUUAUGUGAAAAUCUGGUGGGAUGAAAUUAUUCCAGAUUACAAGCACAACUUUAACACCUAUGAUGACAGCUUCAUCACAGACCUCAACACACCCUAUGAUUAUGAGUCUCUGAUGCACUAUGCACCUUUCUCAUUCAACAAGAAUGAAAGUGUUCCUACCAUCACAGCCAAGAUCCCUGAGUUUAACUCCAUCAUUGGGCAGCGCCUGGAUUUCAGUGCCAUCGAUUUGGAGAGGCUCAACCGAAUGUACAAUUGCACCACAACUCACACUCUUUUGGACCACUGCGCUUUUGAAAAAGCAAACAUCUGUGGGAUGAUUCAGGGUACCAAAGAUGAUGCCGACUGGGACCAUGAGGACAGCACUCGGCCUGGACAAGUGGAUCACACCUUGGUAGGACAAUGCACAGGCGCUGGCUACUUCAUGUUCUUCAACACCAGCUCAGGGUUGGCAGAAGAGACAGCCUUGCUGGAGUCUCGGAUUCUUUACCCAAAGAGGAAGCAGCAGUGCCUGCAGUUUUUCUAUAAGAUGACUGGAAGCCCUUCAGACAGACUCACCAUCUGGGUCAGGAGAGAUGAUGGCACAGGCAAUGUUCGCAAGCUGGUCAAGAUGGAGACCUUUCAAGGUAACCAAACUUGGAAAAUAGCCCAUGUGACACUCAGAGAGGAGAAGAAAUUUCGCUACCUUUUCCAGGGCAUAAAAGGUGACCCCCAGAACUCGAAUGGGGGAAUUUACCUGGAUGACAUCACCCUAACAGAAACUCCAUGCCCCACAGGAGUUUGGACAGUACAUAACUUUUCCCAAGUCCUUCAGAACACGGUUAAAGGGAGCAAGAUCCAGAGCCCUCGAUUCUACAAUUCAGAGGGAUAUUGUUUUGGGCUGACCUUAUACCCUCAUGGUAGAAUGAACUCCAUGAGCUCUGACUACUUAGCACUUGCUUUCCACCUGUGCAGUGGGGAGAAUGAUGCUAUCCUGGAGUGGCCGGUGGAAAACAGACAGGUGAUCAUGACAAUCCUGGACCAGAAUCCUGAUGCCAGGAAUAGAAUGUCCUCAAGCAUGGUGUUCACGACAUCUAAGUCCCAUACAUCUUCAGCAAUAAACGACUCAGUCAUCUGGGACAGACCAACCAUCGUGGGAACUUAUGAUGAGAACUGUAAAUGUUACAGAAGCAUUGACUGGAACCGGGGCACAAUCUCCCACAGCAUGCUAAAGAGGAGGAGUUACCUUAAAAAUGACGACCUUAUCAUGUUUGUGGAUUUUGAAGACAUCACCUACCUCAACAAGACUGAAGUCUCACCUAGAAAUACAAGGCUGUCCCCCCAAGGCCUUGUUCUCCAAGGCCAGGAGCAGCAGGCCUCAAAAGAAGACUCAGCGCAUGCCUCCUUAGAGAAGAUCUUCCCUGGCAGCCAUGGCAACGGGCAGCCCAGGCGAAAGAAGCGGUCAGCGGAGAGCACGGGCCCCUUGGAGGACCACAACUGGCCACCGUACUUCAGAGAUCCAUGUGACCCGAACCCUUGCCAAAAUGAGGGCAUCUGUGUGAACGUGAAGGGCAUGGCGAGCUGCAGGUGUGUCUCCGAUCAUGCCUUCUUCUACACGGGAGAGCGCUGUCAGGCCAUGCAGGUGCACGGCAGCAUCCUGGGCCUGAUCAUCGGAGGCACCGCCGGUAUGAUCUUCUUGACCUUCACCAUCUUCUUCAUGUUUCCCAAAAAGUCGAGGCAGUGA